AAAUAAAUGUGAUUGAUAAGUUACUUAGUGACGAGAUAUGUAAUCUCAAUUGCAGUGAUGUCCUCAAAUUACUUGCUCAAGUCAGUAAAACAGAAACAUCAUGAUUUAGAAACUGGAGUAGAGACUGGACACAAAUUCAACAAUUAGCAAAUACAUGGUGUGUUCAGACUUUCUGGUUGUCCAGACAGCAGUCCAAAGUCUGAAGCUGCUCGAUUUACAGAGAUGCACUUCAAGGUGAAGCGAUCAUCAGAAUCUUCUGAAUGACUCGUCAGUUUCUAAUCGUUCACAAAAUUUAUCCCAAGGUUCACACUCUCCUUGGUGGGAUUAAUCAGUUCUUAAAACAUACAACCUUUGUAUAAAUCUGGUUGUCGUCUAUGUCAGGGAGUUCAAGGAAGAAUCCAAAUGCACACACACAUGGCAAGCAGGCAAAAACACAAAAGCUUUGAUAAAGAAGCUCACUGAAGGUUAACAAGUGAACAAACACAAGACAGCUGCUGAUCCAGGAAUACAUAAGCCAAUAAAUAAAUACAGUGCUGGUAAGCACAGCCGCUCGUCAUUAGACAAACGAGCCAGUCAACUGAAGCAGAAGGGGGCGUGACAAAGACAGUGGGCUGAACAGAUAUAAUGGAAAUAAUGGCUGUCAGGAGAACAAGGUAGACAAAUGGAUAAACUGGCAACUGACAGGGUUAGGAUAAAGUUUAACUAGAGAGACAACAUUUUUCAGUAGAAGGGCAGGCAGACAAGUGGGACAAAGAAUUAUACAGCCUGAAGAUCAAAAAGGGUUGCAUGGAUAGGCAGGAGCCCAGCAGUGAAGACAAAACCUCUCUAGAGGCUGGGCAGGGGACUGAUGGAAAAGCAGAACCAUCUGGGAGGAUGGGCAGGAGAACGACACACAGGUGUACCCUUCUGGAAGCUCGGCUGGAGGCCAGUUAAAGUGGGACUUCAGAGUUGGGUCAGACAGAUGCUAACAGAUUGCAGCAGACGGGGCCCACGAGCUUCUCAGCCCGGGUGUCUGCUGGGAGGACCAACUCUGGAACAAAGGAGAUUUCAAAUAAAUGCAAUCCAGGAGCAGGGGUGCAGGUGACUGCGUCAAGAGGAGUUCAGGUGCGUUCUUGGUGCCAUAUCUGGUAUUUGUGGUGACCUGUGGGGUACCCCUGUUCCUGCUGGAGACGACCAUGGGCCAGUACACUCAGGAGGGCAGCAUCACAUGCUGGAGGAAAUUAUGCCCACUGGCAGAAGGUAUUGGCUAUGGAGGGCAGCUGAUCAUCCUCUACGGUUGUAUGACAUACCUUAUUAUUCUGGCCUGGGCGUUGCUCUACCUCGUGUUCUCCUUCAGCUCCCAGCUCCCCUGGGCCAGCUGCAACAACUACUGGAACACAGAUGACUGUGUAGAUUAUUCAACAAAAAAUGCCAGCAUACGGUGGACAAAUCAGACCAAUUCAACCUCUGCAGCCAUAGAAUUCUGGGAACGACGUGUGCUGGCUAUCUCAGGGGGCAUUGAGGAGAUCGGCAGCAUCAGGUGGGAGGUGCUGUUGUGUGUAAUUGCUAUGUGGAUCAUCUGUUACUUUUGUAUCUGGAAAGGGGUCAAGUCUACAGGGAAGGCGGUGUAUUUCACUGCUACCUUCCCCUAUGUGAUGCUGCUGAUUCUCCUGAUUCGUGGACUCACUCUUCCUGGUGCACUACAAGGAGUGAAGUUUUAUCUUCUGCCUGAACCCUCACGACUCACAGAUCCUCAGGUGUGGAUGGAGGCUGGGACUCAGAUCUUCUUCUCAUAUGGUGUUGGUAUGGGCGUCUUAACUGCGCUAGGAAGCUACAACAAGUACAACAACAACUGCUACAGAGACUGUCUGUUGUUGUGUUUGCUGAACAGCUCCACCAGUUUUGUAGCUGGGUUUGCAGUCUUCUCAGUGCUUGGAUUCAUGGCUCAUGAGCAGGGCGUUCCCAUUGCAGAGGUGGCAGAGUCAGGUCCAGGCUUGGCGUUCAUUGCUUAUCCUCAGGCUGUAGCCAUGAUGCCUCUGCCUCAACUGUGGUCCAUCUGUUUCUUUGUCAUGCUCAUUCUCUUGGGUUUGGACACACAAUUUGUCACCAUGGAGGUGGUGAUGACGUCUGUCACAGACAUGUUUCCUAAAGUUAUGCGCAGGGCCGGCCGACGGGAGAAGUUACUCAUCCUCUUCUGCCUAAUCUGCUUCUUCUGUCAGUUUGUCAUGAUCACCCAAGGAGGGAUGUAUGUGUUCCAGAUGAUGGACUACUAUGCUUGUAACGGAGUCUGCAUCCUCUUUAUCGGUGUGUUUGAAACGCUGGCACUGGGAUGGAUAUUUGGGGCAGAUCGGUUGUAUGACAUCAUUAAGGACAUGACAGGGGUGAAGGCCAACCCAUUUUUCAAAAUCUGCUGGCUCUCCCUCACACCGUUGGUCUCACUGGGGGUUUUUAUAUGUUCUUUAAUUAAGUACCAGCCUCUGACCUUUAAUCGCUGGUACGUGUACCCAGACUGGGCAUACGUGUUGGGCUGGAUGAUGACCCUCUCCUCCAUCCUGCUUGUGCCUGGAUGUGCACUGUAUAAGUUGAUCACUGGGACUGGAACCCUCAAAGAGCGUUUUCAUCACCUUUGCCAGCCUGACCUGAAAAACUUACCAACCCCAAAGCAGGAGGGGGACAACAGUUUACUUCCAGCUGAUAUGAAUGAACAGAACGAUCACCUGGCACUCAACUCUUGAACAACUGCAUUUAUGUGUCCAACAACUACUGACAGUAAAUAAGUUUCUCUGAUUUUUAAACAUCCCUUAAAAUCCAAAGACAUGUCUGUUUAUUUUGACUGUUUCAUACUGAUCAUGGAUUCUGAACUUGUAAGGAAAAAUU